AGAAAUGAGGUUCGAAAUCGGAACUGUCUUCAGAGCCGAGGAUCCCCAGCCCUCUCUACCUCUCAACUGAGCGUCUCCAGCCAUACAUCAUCUGCAUCAAGUCUGCAGCUCCAUCAUCUGCUUAGCAAUAUAGACAGCAAAGAAGGCAUGUACGCUAAGCUUAGUGGCCUUUAUGCCCAGUCUACAAGGCGUUUAAUGAACAAAUGUGAGGAUUACUUCAUGCAAGACCAAAAGAAGGAACUGCACUUCAACGAGACCAGUUGGUCACUCUUCAAGUUGACAAGCAACAAACCAUGCUGCAGUGCUAGAGAUGCUAUUUAUUAUUGUGCGACAUGUGCCAAGGACCCAUCAAAUAACUAUGCAGUCAAGAUGUGUAGAGCAGAAGACACAAAUACUCCUUUAAACAGCAACCUAUCGCUACCUGUAAACUACAAUAUACAGCAAGACUGUGGACAUUUUCUUGCCACCGUUCCUUCAAGUUUA